UCCCCUCCCCUUCCGUGCAAUCCCGGGCCGGGACGUCUCACUGGGGAGUGGUUUCUCCGGAUCCAGGCCCCGGGAUGUGUGGCUCUGAGCGGACCCACAGGCUGCUUCUGGCAGUGCUCGGGAUCACACUGUCGGGCAGUUCUGUUGUGCCAAUCUUUGGGGGGAUCUUCUUCCUAUUUGUUGACAGGAGAUAUCGACACUUCAUUGGAAAUGAUUACCUUCUGCUGCCAGCCUGCCUCAGUUUUGCAGUUGCUGCAUUGCUCGCCCUCACUGGGAUGAUUGGAAUGUGCUUCACCACCAACCGGAGCCAUUGCCGACGAGGAACGUUCUUGUACUUGAUCCUGAUUCUGUUUAGUCUGGAAGUUACUACAGGGACCCUCGGAUACAUCAGUGUUCGAGUGGACAAUGAUGACCUGGAUCAUUUUAAUGAGAUCUUCAAGAACUACACUGGUAGUAACUCCACGAUUGAGAGUAGAGCAGUGGACCAACUACAGCAGAAGAUGCGGUGUUGUGGAGUAAAGAAUUAUACCGACUGGACUCAGUUUCCGUGGUUCAUUCACAGCGGAAAUAACAGUGUUCCUCACAGUUGCUGUGCCAGGAAUUUUACAAUCUGCACUGGGGCUAUAGAGGAGCCAGAACUGCUUUACACAGAGGGCUGCCUCUACACCCUCCACGAUGAGCUGCAAUGGAUCUUCCUGUUCACAUUAGGCUGGGUUAUUGCUGUGUGCUGUUUACAGAGCCUGGGAGCGCUGAUCGUCUGUCUCCUGGCGAACUCAGAUCCUACUCAAUACCAGCUUUUAAAUACUGACAACUUCUCCUAGUGCGGGACAGUCGCUGAUUUGCUUUUAUUUGCAUGGAUUAGUGACAGACAAACAUCAAUCCUGAAUUUCAAACAGGACUAUGCACAAAUAGGAAGCACUUAUUUACUAAUUGUUUGAGAGAGACAGUUACAUACCCUUACCCAUUCCAUCCACCUCUACCAUUGAACAUUCUGCUUCCCAACCCCCCACCAAAUUCUCUGGUCCAAAAUCUACCUUCAUCAAGUAACACCCCCAACCCCAUAAGUCUUUGAUCGAGCUAUUUCUGUCAUCCAGUGACUCCUCCCAUGUUUUGAGACACUCCCCUCAUCUCCACCUCGCUGCCUGAUGCACCUCCCCUCCCUCCGUGUUGGAAAGUGACUUCCACUGAAACUACACAAGAAACACAGUCUUCAGCUAAUUCACUGGAUGUUCAAAGUUCUGUAAUCUGUUUUGUCUAAAACUCAAACAAGCUACCUCAUGGUACAAGUAGUUUCACACAAGCUAACAGCUAUGACCUGUGGAUAUUAGGAAAAAUCAUUGCUUGGCUUAAUGUAACAUAUAUCUUAAUUUGAAAUGACCAUGACUAACUGUAAGUAGCAAAUAAAAAUACAUUUCAAUCAAGAUUUA